GCGUAAGACAACGUUUUGUUGUGAAAAUAGCGCAAUAAAAACAACCGGUAUGAGAAAUAAAUAGAUAUUAAAUCUUUUCGAUCAAAAUGGACAGAGGGAAAUCAAUAUUAGGCAAAAAGGCCUUGAAAGGGAAAGGCGCAAUGCCCCCAGGCGACUUGUUUGCGCUGGGAAGCAAGCCUUCUCGCUCUGGCGACUCUGGUUCACAAAAGGCUGGUGGGGGGACAUCUGGGAUGGAGAAGAAAACUCCGUCAUUUGGAGAAAAACUUACUUCAUUUGGGGAAAAGCUGGCAUCCUUUGGGGAGAGAAAGCGUGAGUCAUCCAGUCUGUUGGCACCAGGGGCAUCCAAAAAACCAAAGAUUCUUGCAAGUGGGCAGAUGUUUACCCCUCUUGGACGGCCAACUGACCGGGAGGCAGACAGACGGGCGUCACCAAUACCUCCCAUCAGCCAAGCAUAUGAAGAAUUGGCAAUUGAAGUGGAUCACACAUCAUUCCUGUCUGAAGUUAUAUGUGCUGAUGACAAUAACGACUUUGAGCGUGUGGAGGGUCUGUUGUGUGGAGCUGUGAAACACCUGCAUCAGCACCGAUUCAAACCAGACCAGGUCCUCUACCUCGCCCUCAUGCACCUUGCCAAGAACAAACCCAACAUAUUCAACAGUGAGACAACCAUUGAGGCAUUUUGUACGCUGUUAAGGAGAGACAUGUCACUGAACUUCAAGUCUAAAGGCAAUAGCCUCGUGUCUGUGUUGACGUGCAAUGUCCUCGUGCAAGCAUAUGUAGACGAGAGCAACUGGCCUGAUGACUUUGUCAAGGUGUUUGUGGAUGACUCGCUAGGUGAGCGUGUGUGGGUGGACCGGGCAGACUGUCGAGGCUUUGUGGACAAUAUUUCCACGGCCUUUCAAACCAACAUGCCCAAGUGUGGCAUCUCUACACUUGAUAUGAAGUCAGACUCAGCCCCAGGAUCAGCGAGCCCGGUGAUUGGGAUAAGCGAGGAUGAUGACAGUAAGAUGGAGAUUGAGGUGGAGAAAUCAGGCACUGAGAAAGAACAACACAACAUUCCCAUCAGCCCAAGGUACCCCUAUCAGCUAGACAACAUUGAGUCGUUCGUAAUGGACAUUGUCCGAGAGCAGUUACUCAAGCGACAGCUGAUGGAUGCAUCUGCCAAGAGCCUCAUCAAGCUGAUGACAGCCACCUGUGGCUACGCUGAGGUUAGACAGCUGGCCGCACAAAAACUUGAGCUUUGGCUGCAGAACCCUAAGUUGGCGCGAGUGUCUCAGGAGCUAUUGAUGUCAGUGUGCAUGAACUGCGACAAGCACGAGAAUGGCGAUCUGGAGGUGAUCGCCAUGCUCAUCAAGAUGAGGAUGAAAACCAAGCCCCUUAUCAACCACUAUGUCGCCUGCAUCAGGGAGCUGCUUGGCCAACAUGAGAAGAACCUACAGGUAGUGCUUACCCAGACCAUCUAUAACGAGCUGUCCACCAGUCGGAACCCCAACAACAUGUCUCUUAUAGGUGUCAUGUUCCAGACAAAACCGGAGACUGCUGCACAGAUUUUGGCUGAGAUCUUCCAGGAACUACUUACAAACAAGGACGACUACCUGCGCGCCCUGCGAGCACUGACGCGCGAGAUUGUACGUACACUGAGGCAUGACUUCAACUUCUCCGCAUUCUGUCUUGCCCUCAUGCAGCCAAGAACAGAGUCCAAGUUUACUGACAUGGAACAGGCUUUUAAGGAACGUUACGUUCUGGGUGUGGCUGACCUGGUCUCAAUGUGCAUUCUACAGGCUGUCACUCCGUCAGUCAGGGAAGUUGUCUCGGCCCUUGCCAGGGGAGAUAGGAAAGAUAUGGAGGUGUUAUACAGCUACCAGACGUUGGUGGCUACGAUCCAGAGAGAUGGCAUCUGGUGGAUGCACACCAUCGUUCCGAACUUCCUCGAGCUUAAACAACAAGAAUACAUAUUUUGUGUGCGGAAAGUUUUGUUCAUGGAAGGAGCUGACCAGUACAGCAAGGACAACUGGCCCGCAGAGGCUGACAGAGCAGUGUUGUUGCGGCUUGCCAUAGAGUGUCCAGUGCUGGAGGACACAUUGAUGAGACUGUUUGUGAUUGGUCUGUCUCGGGAUCUCCCCCUCCCCCCACCCGACGCUGUGGAAUAUGCAGAUGUUCUCAUCAGGAGGGCCGCCAACUUGAAUGCUGAUGGUCGUGAUGUGCUACUAGUAGAGAGAUUGGAGUUCUUUGAUGCCCUGCUCAACCUGUGUACAUACAGACAUCCUGAAAACAUCACCCUACCAUCUGGGUACACCCCGCCCCAACUGGCCAUCUCCAACCUGUACUGGAAGGCCUGGAUUAUCCUGCUUGUCAUCUCAGCAUUUAAUCCAGCCACCUUUGGUCUGUCAGCAUGGGAGAAUUACCCAACCCUGAAAUGCCUGAUUGAGAUGGUGAUGACAAACAACUACAAGUUUCCCCCACCCACUACUGCCGUCGAUGAUGCUGCCAUCGAGGAGGUCAGGGCUCGCGAAAGACAGCUCAGCGAACAGGAGAAGCAGGAAAUCCUUGAGUUUGAAGGACAUCUGGCAGCCUCUACCACCAAAGUGACCAUCACCGAGGCUAACAGUCUCCUCAUAGCGCAGCUCAAAUCAAUGACGCCAAAUGGCCCAGCAAGGAAGCCCCCACAGGCAAUACUUGAUCAGCUGCGUAGUCUCAACGACUCUCUCAAGAUAGGCCAGAUGUUGUGUAGAAGUAGAAAGCCAGACUUUCUUCUUGACAUCAUACAGAGACAGGGUACGUCUCAGUCAAUGCCAUGGCUGGCAGAGUUGGUGGAGUCAUCUGAGGGCUCGCUGGACGUUCUCCCUGUGCAGUGCCUCUGUGAGUUUCUUCUGCACGAGACCAUCGAGCCCACUCACACGCGACAUGAUGACGAGUCUAUAAAGUUUGAAAAACACAAGAAAAAACAGAAGUUGCGUAAGCAGCAGCAGUUGUUAUCGCGCCUACAGACCCUGGUACAUGAUCCUAAGGGGGACGUCGGGACCACGAAUGAGGUGCUAGACUAUUUCCUGAAACGCCUGGCAUCCACACAGUCAGCUAACAGGGCCCUUGCUACCAAGGGCCUGUCUCUAAUUGUGUCGCGGUCAGAGCUGAGUCCCAGUGAGGAGGGUGGGAGGGAACUGACAGAUGCCCCACCCACUUCCCAUAAAUGGCUGUUACAUUAUAUGGAAAAAAUCCCCAUGUUCUCGACUGUGAAAAGGAAGGUCUGCGAUGCCAUAAGGAAGGCAAUCCAGGUGGAGUCGGACAGCAGUCUGGUGGGGGCGUACAUUGUGUUCCUGUCUCGACACUGCACAGACCUCACCAUACAGGAGAUGGAUGAACUAGCCCUGGAUGUAGCCCAGUUAAUUGUGGAGCGUACGAGCAUAAUGAUAUACAUGUUGCCACAGUCAGAGGGGUCGGUAGUAGAAGGGGAAUCUCGGGACACGCUAGACGCCUUCCUUUCCCUGUUUGUCACAUACAUACGCAAGGCCCGCGAGCCAAACACUGCUGGAUAUACAUGGUCAAACACCCAGGACCAGAUCAUUCUACAGUGGGAGACGGGGGAAUCAGCUACUAUGCACAUCCUAGUCGUCCAUGCUAUGAUCAUCCUUCUGUCAUAUGGACCUGCCCAUGAUGAAAGUGUGUACCGAGAGCUACUAGAGGUUUGGUUCCCGACCGGAGGAAAGCCGCCCUCUGCCUUCCUGCUGGACACUUCUGAGGAGGCCCUGCUUCUCCCAGAGUGGCUCAAACUACGCAUGAUCCGCUCCAACUCGCAACCACUGAUAAAUGCAGCCCUACAGGACCUGGAGCCCAGUCAACUACUUGUGUUUGUCCAGUCAUUCGGAAUCCCUGUGUUCAGCAUGACACGCCUCCUGCAGUGUCUCGACGCAGCUGUGACAGCUGACCCUACAAGCCUGAAGCCAUAUGUAAUGGACCCCUCAUACAUGACACAGCUCAUGGAGGUGCAACACAGACGAGGGGCGCGGGGUGGACAGACAUUCUACACCAUGCUGACUGGUGGCAAGAUGCUGGAAAACCCUCCAGAUACAGAGGAGAUGGACGUGAGCCCCGGUCAGGACAGUGUGUGGUCAGCUCAGGCUCCCAGUGAGGCUGCAACAGAGGCCAUACCUCCCUCCCAUGUGGUCAAUAUGUUGCUACAGGCAUUUGAUCCCUCCGGCAGGCAGAGCCCUGAUACCGAAACACAUUAUAAAACCCUGAAAAUGUCUGUACUGAAGGGCAGUGGGGGAGUGGCCAAUGUAGCUAAAGGACUCUAUGAGAUCCUUUCUGGCGGCUCCGGUCCAGACUUUGUGCGAGCCAUCCAGAGUUCACCAAAAGCCUGCUUGUUGCUGCGUCUCAUUCUAGCAAGGAAGAAUGCUGCUGGGCUAGAUUGUGUUUCCACAAUCAUGGAGAAGCUAUCCCAGUGUUGUCGAGGGGACGCUACACCUCUAGCCAUGCUGGUCAGGGGGUUUAACAAGGCCAGUAAGGUUAAGGCUCAUACUGCGGUGACCUCUAAAAACGGGAAAGGGCCUCUCGCAAGGUCACCUGAAAAAUUCAUGACUGAAGUGCGCCAACUUGAGAAGGAGGGUGGGGACGUUGAAGCCAUGAUAGGACAUAGUCUACAUGAGUCCCUUAUGUCGGGGGAGGAGGGCUCCGCUGCCAGACUUGCUUGUUCUGCUCUUCUUCAGCAUCAGGACCGAUCAGACAGUGGCUUCCUCUUUGCCUCCACAGCAGCGUUAUUUGUUGACUGGCUGGAGCUGGUGGAGCCCGAGGUGGUCAGGUCAGCCCCUGACCUUGAGACACGCCUCCUGUUCUGUCGCCAGGGUGUUGAGACAGGGGAGGGGGUGGGGGCGCGUCACCAUAGCAACCAGCCCUACCUCCUGGCUCUCCUCACCCACCAGUGUAGCUGGGCCACACUCCACCGCUGUGUCACCUCACUGCUACAUCAGCCAGAGAAACGGUUUGACCCGGUAUCAGUGCUGGACUUCCUGUGGGCCUGUAUCCACGUCCCUAAACUCUGGCAGGGGCGGGAGAGGAGAACACCAAAGAAUGUUGACAUAGAAGAUGUGCUUGGCUUGACUGGACCCCAGCUUGUGGUUCUGGUUCACUACAUUAUAGAGGAGGCUAACAAUCUACUGGGAGCCAUAAACCACAAACUAUCUUCGACCAAUCAGAAUUUAGAUAAACUGGAAGCCAAUGAAAUGCCUGCUACUCUCAGAAACAGGAUGCCGUUGUUGAAAGCCUGUGUUUGUGACCAAGAAGAAAAAGUGAAAGCUGUUGUUGACUUUCUUGAGAAAAAAAUCAAAGAUAACAGUGACUGUGCUGGGUUGUAUGGUGGUUUACUGAGGGAGCUGUACCUUCAGUACCCGUACUUGCUGGCCUGGAUAUCCGACACAAGCAACCUCACUGCUCAACCAACCAUCUCCAAUGCACACACACAGAUGGAUCUGAUCUCCCACCGCCUGCUCACCGGCUUGUACCAGCCCGGGGGCAGCACCAGCAAAAUUGAGGAUGUAAAUAUUGCCUGUCGGAAACUCGCCUCACACCAUCCCACACUCAUGCUCAGACAGUUGCCCGCCAUUGUGGGCCUACUAAAGGGAAAGACAGGGUUCACGUUUACUGAGUUCCGACAGCGGAACCUUCUCUUACUGUACGAACAUGUUUUGGGAAUCCUCGAGUUACUGGUGCCUGCUGUGUUUGAACACAAGCUGCUCAACACCGUCCUGGAUGAGUACUUCAGCUUCCUUCAGGCAUAUGGCCAGUUGACAUUGAGGAAGCUUGUUGGACUGAUAUCUCGCCUCGUACAGUUCCUGAACCAGUAUGUGGGUCACCGGCCCGUCCAGGCCACUGCCCUCCUACAGAUGCAUGUCAUUGUACUCAACAUGGUGUCAAGCCACUUGCCUGAACUAAGUGUUCUGAAGUCUCUGUUGGCAGGCCUCUCCCUCCCUCGUAAAGAGCGGGCUGGCCCAACCCCAGGGUCAAGCAAUGUACUCCCCAGCCGUCCGGCCUCUCCCCUAACCAUGUCUCAUAUGGGACCUUUCCUCCACCGGAUCAGGAAAGACAACUCUGAAGAGGUGCUUAAUGUUCUUCAAGACAUCGAUGAGACUUCAAAGCGCAAACUUGAAAUUCUAGAGCACUUUGUUGAGGAUCUGAAACGCUUGAUGCUGGCGCCAGAUGACGCGUGUCGUAACACAGCAUUUGAACUCACAAAACGUCUGCUUCAGAAUAAUCCAAAGAAAGCAGAGGACUUUGUGCCCACGUUCCUACACUGUCUGGAGAAUGAUCGUCCUGACAUCGUCAUGUCCGCUCUCACCAACCUACCGGAGUUUACACUGCUCUGUCAGGAAUAUGCAACAGUGAUCUUGCAGAGGGCCCUGACAGCUGGUAUUUGUUCAUCCAUCGAGACAAGCUCCUACAUCAGUGAGAGCCUACAGCUCCUGAACCUUGACCUUGCCUCAGGGUGACCUUUAUCUCCAGCUCAUGACCUUGAGACAUCUCCUGGCUUCCAUCUUCUGCGGUGUUGCAUUGACCUUGUUAUUGUCUCUUCUGUGGAAUUAUAACUUAUUGAUCUUGAGGGUUCUACUACUUUGCCAUUGGAAUGGUAUCAGGCUGACUUGGACUACAAGUAGUAUUACUACUUGGUAUUAAAAUGGCAUUCAGUGUACUUCUGCCAACCACCUGAAGUUAUGAGGACAGUGCUGACUUUACCUCUCUGUAUAGGAUUACAUAGACUUUGCCUGAGGCAAAUAUUGAUUUAAUAACUUUAACAUAUCUAGUAACUGACUGCAACAGCUACUACCAUUGACCUUGAAAUGGUCGAAGGGGCUGACUUUUGGGAGGUCACCUGAGUGACCUCUAUGGAUUACAUAAACUUUACCUUAGGCAAAUAUUCACACGUUUCUCAUAACCUUGACAUAUCUAGUAUUUAAGUUGAACAGCUACUACCUUUGACCUUGAAUAGGUCUAAGAGUUACAUGAACAUCUCUUACAUCAACAAUUUCACUUAAACUUAUAUGCUUAAGCAAUGACCUUCAGUUAGCUGAGUUUGAAUGUAAAAAGUAAUGUACUUCUAGUUUUUAACAGUUGUUGACUUGUCAUUCUAACUCUUUUAAGAGCUGUCUGGGUCAUGCAUCAUAAGUUGAAUUUCCAGAAAUGAUUAAAAGUGUCCUAUAUUGUACCGGUAUAUAGUUUCCCAUGUUUGCAUUGGAAUAA